AUGCAGCAAGCGGUGGAGCAGGCCAGCCUCCGUGUGGGCCGGCAGGUCAGCACUUGCUCCCUGAGACGGCUGUCCAGCGGGGGCCAGCACCUCCCUGUCUCGGUGUGGCCUAGCCCUGCCCACUCCGGGUCCCACUUCUCACUGCUGCCCGCACCUCCCACCCCGCUCAGGCCUCUCCCUGCCCCACCAACGGGCCCGGCCUCCUGCCUCGCUGGAGACCCUGAACUCAUCGCUCUCAUCGUGGAGCAGCUCAAGAGCCGGGGCCUUUUUGACAGCUUCCGCCGGGACUGCCUGGCAGACGUGGACACCAAGCCAGCUUACCAAAACCUGAGGCAGAAAGUGGAUAAUUUUGUGUCAACCCAUCUGGACAAGCAGGAAUGGAAUCCUACGAUGAACAAAAACCAAUUGCGAAAUGGUCUGAGGCAGAGUGUGGUUCAGUCAGGGAUGCUGGAAGCUGGAGUGGACAGAAUUAUUUGUCAGGUGGUGGAUCCCAAACUAAACCACAUCUUCAGGCCGCAAAUAGAACGAGCAAUUCAUGAGUUCCUGGCGGCCAAGAAAAAAGAAGCCGUGCCAGCUCCCCCACCGGAGCCCGAGAGCCAGGACCCCGCAGCUCCAGCCCAGGAUGCCUCCUAAGAAUAUGCCUCAGCUCCAUUGAAUUAAUGGUGAAGAACUGGAUUCGGUUACUUAAGAGUACAGCUUCAAAAUGCAGACAGGCCAAGGUCAUCUCUGACUUCCAGAUUCAAUUUUGACUGUGUGGCGGUUUCCAGGGAGAACGGGGAGCAGGUGUAGCAGUAGGAAAGUUGACCGUGCCUGCCCCCACAUCGUGCUGCCGUGUGGACAGCCUGUCCGAGGAGAUGACAGCCAGCAGACACUACAGAUAAACUGAGAAACACUACCGCAACCUGGGGUUGUCCUGAAACAAACCUUUAUACUUGAACUUGGAGGUUGUGUGGACUUUACGGUUUGUGCUUGGGGAAAAGCAAAAGCUGCAGUGCGGGAGCAUGACCAGCCCCGAAGGUGCAGCCUCACAGUGACGGUCAGGGUUCCCGGGGACAGGUAUUCGGUGACGCUUGUUUGAUUGGUAUUGUUUCCCAGAGCUGCAGACUUAGUUGACAGGCAUUAGCAUCAGACGGCUUUAAGAUCGUUGUGACCCUCUCAUACGUGACUCUUGUAACCUCAGUUUCCUUUCCCCUGUAAGUGGUGUCAAAACAUGGGACCCCAGAAUGCGUGAGGAAAUGCAGACUUAGGCAUAAAGGAAAAACAUUUGCAGGCUCUCUGUCCAGGGCUGCUGCUUAUCCUGCAGGGGCUAGUGAGCCUUGGACGUCUUUGUUGUCUUCAUGUUUGUGGUUUUUAGAAGGUGAAUAGUCAGUAAGUGGCUUGAGUUUUGUAAUAAAAUCAUUUGAUACUCUUAC